AAAGUACGACUUUGCCUGAAUGAAUGUGAUUGAGGUUUCUGAUCACGCUGUGCACGGGUGUUUACGGUGCCGAUGCUGUAAUUGCUGUGUGCUACAUAGUGCUCAAGCAGUCAUGCUUUCAAUCUUCAAUGUUGCUACACGCUGUCAAGCUAAACUUUAGUAUAAAAUCAAGUCGCAGAAUUGCAUGGCAUUCAGUGAGGCACCUCGGCAAGACCUACUACGAAGUGUUGGGGGUGAAGAAUGACUGCACACAGAAGGAGAUCAGGGACGCCUAUGUCAAGUUGUGCAAACAGCUCCACCCUGACGUCAAAGGCGCUGCCACAACAAUAAGAGACCACAGCAAGUUCACUGAGCUCAAUCAAGCCUACACGAUCCUUAGCAAGCCUCUUGAUCGUAAGCACUACGAUGACGCUCUACUGCAUCCAGAGCUUCACAACGUCCAACGUACAGUGUGGAGGCCGUACACACGCUAUGAAGAACCGUUCAUGCACAGGAAGGGUCCUGAUGACCACGAUGAAAAUGAGACUCCAAGAUAUGAGGACUAUGCUAAUCUGUACAGAGAAAAGAGGAGACAGCACCAAAAUGCCAAGUUCUAUAUUGUUACGGGGUGCCUUUUCUUGAUCGUUUGUGGUUCUUGCCUCCAUUAUGUAGCAUUCAGAUAUGGAAGCUCCAACGAAAUGAAGAGGAAGAUGCAAGAGAUCAACAGAAAGAACUGGGAACAGUAUCAUCAAUCUAAGAGUGACUUCAGAAAGUAUGGCAUGGAAGGCCAGAUGGAACGGCUACUCGGAUUCAAACGGGAGACAAACGAGGACGAGGGUGAUAAAAGCAGUGAAGACUGAGAAGACUGAGCCUUAGUACUGUUGAUUUAGGAACAAUCCUAAUAAAAUAUAGAUGUCCCAUU